ACUUGCUGCCUUUUUCCUCAUUGACCUCAUUUUGUAGCAGAUACUAUUAUCCUCCUCCUCCAUCACCACCUCCACCAUAUUUCGAAGACGUUGGUUUAUUCCUCUUGCUCCUAAUUUUUUGUUGCUGUUUUUCCCUCCUCCUCCACCAUUUUUCGAAGACAUUGGUUUUUUCCUUUUGCUUCGAUUUUUUUGUUUCGUUUUUUUUUCUCCUCAGCCCCCUCCUCCUCGGCCUCUUCUACCUCAUUGCAUCACUGCUGCUUUUUCCGUCUCCCUCCUUGUCAUUUUAUGGUCACAGCUUUUUUGCUUUCCCUCCUCCUCUACCUCCAGCUGCAUCUUACCCUCCUUAUUUUGUCAUCGCCUCUUUUUUCCUUCUUUUCCUCCUCCUCAUUUUUUGGUUGCUGCUUUUUUCCUUCUCUUCCUCCUUUGCCUCCUCCGUCUCGACCUCCUCUUCAUUUCAUCAUCCCUUCUUUUGUUGUCCUCCUCUUCCUCCUCCCCCUUUGUGUUCCAUCAUCCCUGUUCCUUUCCUUGUCCUCCUCUCCCCCCUGCUCCAUCUUUUCCUUUCCCUAUCGCUUCUCUGCUCCUCUUGUUUCUCCUUUUCCUCCUUUUUGUUUUUUAUGGCUUUUUCCUCCUCCCUUUCUGUUACUUUUUCUUCCUUUCUCCUCCUUCUCCUCCUCUUUUCCUAAUUUCUUUUACCUCCCAAUACCCUUCCUCAUCUGUCGUCUCCUUCCCUCGUUGUUGUCACUUACCUCCACCUCCGCCACCUCCUCCUCCACCUUUUUUUGUGGUUUCUUUUCCUUUUCCUAAUUCACUCUUCAUCGUCAUCAAUUUUUUCCUUGUCCUCCUCAUCCUUCUCUGUCUAAUGUCGUGCUUCCUGCUUUUUUCCUCCUCCUCCUCCUCCUCCUCCGCCUCAUUUCCCGAUACCUGUUUUUUCCCUCUCCAUCCGUGUCAUUUCCUUUUUGCCACUAUUUUUUUUCCUCAAGCUCCUUCUCCUCGUCCUUCUUGUCAUGUCAUGGUUGCUGCUUUUUUCCUCCUCCUCCACGACCUCCACCUGCACCUUACCCUGCUUGUUUUGUUUGCGCUGCUUCUUACCUGCUCCUUGUCCUCCCCUUUUGUUCCUUCUCCAGCUCAGUUUCCUGUCGUAGCUCUUCUUCUCCACCACCACCUCCACCUCCUCCACCAUAUUUCAAACAUGCUUCCUUUUUCCUCAACAACGUUAUUUUCUAGUUGCUACUUUGAUCCACCUUCUCCUUCUCCACCACCACCACCACCGUCACCUCCACCAUAUUUGGAAGACGUUCCUUUAUUCCUCUUGCUCUUGAUUUUUCCUCCCUGUUUUUUUCUCCACCAACCUCCACCUUAUUUCCAAGAUGCUGCUUUUUUCUUCCAACCUUAUUUUGUGGUUGCUGUUUUUAUCCUCCUCCUUCUCCUUCUCCACCACCUCCACCUCGACCUCCUACACCUUAUUUGUAGUUUCUUUUUUUUCGUUUUCCUACUUUGCUAUUCAUUGUCAGCAAUUUUUUCCUUGUCCUCCUCAUCCUUCUCUGUCUUAUGUCAUGUCGUGCUUCCUGCUUUUUUCCUCCUCCUCCUCCACCUCAUUUCCCAAUUGCUGAUUUUUUUUUCCCUCUUCAUCCGUGUCAUUUACUUUUUUGUCUCAGUUUUUUUCCUCCUGUUCCUUCUGCUCGUCCUUCUUAUCAUGUCAUGGUUGCAGAUACUAUUAUCCUCUUCCAUCACCACGUCCACCAUAUUUCGAAGACGUUGGUUUAUUCCUCUUGUUUUUCAUGGCUUUUUCCUCCUCUCCUUCCGUUACUUUUUCUCCCUUUCUCCUCCUUCUCCUCCUCUUUUCCUAAUUUCCUCUACCUCCCUAUAGCCCUCCUCAUCUGUCGUCUCCUUCCCUCGUUUUUGUCACUUACCUUUUCCUCCUCGUCCCCUUUCUCCUCCUUUUAUCCUCAUUGUUGUUCUCCUCACCAUUCUCCUUCCUGGCCCGUUGUUGUCGCUCUGCUCCUCAUCUUUUUAUCCUGGCCACCUUGAUGCUUCUCUUCCAAAAAAGCCAGCAAUUGUUACCCUGAGCAUAAAAGUAUUGCUGAGGAAAGAAAGGUUGAGGGGAAGUGCUGUGUCUUGGCCUGGAUGGAUAGUGAUUGUGCAGCCCUGGCAAAGGGGUGGCUCGUCCAGGAUUGGGAGGUGCAAGAAAUGCACCUGUGUCUGCUGCCUGAGCUGGGCUUAGUGAAUGGCUGGCCUGCCCUGGGAGCAUUUUUUGUGGCUGAAGGCUGUUUUCUGUGAGGGUGUUGUCUUCAGUCUGCGAUCUUUUCAGCGGUUGUGUUUCUCAUCGUUUUUGUCUGUGUGCUUAUUGAGCAGGUAGUGUGAAGUGCAGAAAGCUGUCAGACUCGUGCUCCACCUCCAAAGGAAGUCAUUCCUGUCCGUUCCUUCCUAGCAGCUCAUCAAGACACGCACGGCUUGAGGGAAUGCAUGAACAAGUUGGAGUGCUGUUGUGAGAGCUCCCUUGUGGGUGUGACAAAAGAGGUGUGGAAUCCUUCCCUGGUGCAGAGUAAAGACCUUUAUGGGUCUUUAAGUAUGAUGAAUCUUGAAAGCCAUGUCAAGACUACUUGUGAGAAGGUUGCUAAGGCUUUGGGCUUUCAUUCUCUGCCUAAGACUUUGUAAAAUUACACGUGAGAGUUGUGGAUGUGCUUCAUGCCACAGUGGAUCUGAAUCAUGGAUUGAAACGACAAAGGUCUUGAGCACGCCAUCAAAAAUUACUUUCUUGCUGUUCUUAUUUCUGCUGCAGGUCCCUUAUAAGAAGGGAUGAUUGAAGGUUCUCCCUUAGAACGUAUUUCAGCUUCUUUCAGUUCCUAUGGAAGGAGCAGACUUUACUGAUGUGGAGCUGAAGAGACAGGAAGUGUGAAACCCUCACUGUGUUCAUCCAUUAAUGGACCUACCUGAAUCACACAGAAUGUUCUGUGAGCCCAGUUCCAAGGGAAACUUGUCUACAUAUCCUAGGGUACAACUCAUCUGAAGAGGGAAGGGGCUGAAGAAAUGUGAGAUCCAACGCGGAGGCAAUCAGCAGAAGUAAAAUUAAGGACAUCAAGUUUGUCAGUCAGUGAUGGACCAAGAGGUCUCUCAGCCAUAUUCCAGAUGGAUACUUGGCUUCUGAUAUUGGCUGUUGUACUGUUGGUUGCCUCUAACCAGACAAUGAUAGAAACACAUUUUUGGCUGCUUGGUCUUUGUUCUCUGAAUGCAUCUGUGAGAUGGACCCUCCCAGAAAGGACAAAAAUAGUUAUGUUGCCUGCAGGCACGAAUAGCCUACAUCUUAGGGUGUACAGAAUGUUGCCAUCUUGGUAAAUUAGUAGAAGUUUAAGCCAAAGCCUCAGUGACAGUAUGCAUUUCCAUGGAAGGGAGCCGUGUUGCAUAAAGCCAAAGCUCUCCUUGUUUCCAUGUAGCUUCAAGCCUGCUAUUUUGCAGUACUUCAAUCACAUAUCAACAUACAGCAGCAAACUCUGAAAACGACAUAGUGAAAUACAAGCAGCACUCACCAAGUUGCUUCUGUGGUGACUAUUUCUAUCUGAAGAUGCAUGGAUGCAUGGUUUUGUUCAGCUUGUUCUACCAGUAAUCAACCUUCAUAUCCAGUAGCUGUGAGAAACAAAGAGGUUAAACCUCAUCAAGAUGAAGUAGUGCCUCAUGUGAGGGUUAAGCAGAAAGACAAAAAACAUGAAAUGAGUUCAGAAGACAUUGCACACCUCAAAAGAAGACAAGCCUGGAAAGUAAACCUCUGUUGUCUUACCUAAAAUGAAGAAAACAAGCUAGCUUAAAAUUACUCAUGCCACCCUAAGAUAAACAGAAGAUGGUGGAGGCAGAGAAGACCGCGGAGGUGAGGUUUUCAACAAUCACAAAGGAGGAAAAAUGCUGGUGAGAGGAAUACUUGGAAACAGAAGCCCAUCCUUCAUCUUCUUUGUGCUGAUGUUACGGAAGACAGUGUCAAAAUUCUCACUGAAAUCCAGGUGGACAAUAUCCACUGCUCUCCACUCUCAUCUACCAGGAUAGGAGUAACAUCGUGAAAGCAAAAAGAACUACACGCAUCUGAUGAAGACGCACUCUUUGUUUUUUUCUAUUUUCUAUCAUCUACCCACUCUCCAAAGACCAAAAAGGAGACAAGGGAUAUUUCUAUCUGAUUUAAUGAAGAGGAAAACUAUCAAUCCCCAUUGUGUAGCAAUAUUGGAAAUGAAUGGGCAUUAAUACACGUGUACUUUUUGGAGGACACCACUGGCACGAUUAGUUGUGGUGAAGGUAGUGAAAAUGAAGCAAAAGAAAAGGAAAAAGGAAAAAAAAAAUCUCAUCCCCAGCAGAGAGAAAAGCAAUAAUUCUGAAGCCGUGGGCAACAGGAAGAUGUAAGACAAAGCUGUCCAAGAGGAGGGAGGAAAGGAGGACAACAUUUUAGAUGCACUUGCACUGUGGUGAAAAUUAUUGGAAUAAACUUUCUUGGGAAGAAAUGAAUUUUCCAUAUAUUGAUGUUCUCAGUUCAAGACAGAAUGCCUUCCUGGAGGAUGGACUCCUGCUGAUCACAAAUUGUAUGUCCUGCUGCAGGGAGGAGCAGGAUGGAAACUUUCUGUAGAUGUCCCUGGAUUUAUCUCCAUGUUCCACAGCUGCUGUUCUUCUCCCAGAAGCUCCCUCUGCGUUUUUCACAGGUCUCCUGAAACUUCUCAUCUUCUCCAGACACAGAAUGGUGUAUACGAUUCAUCAAAGAGGCAAAGUGAACAUAUAUGCCAUUUCUGGGAAGAGAUUUAAAUUGUUAGGUGUCAACUAUGAGUAUGAAGAUGGAGUAUAAUACAGAAGAUUCAAGAAGUAUUUGGAAAUCUUUCUUUUCUACACGACCUUGUCUGAGAUUGGUAGGGAGUGUCUUAAAUCAGCAUGAGCCAAUCACCUUCACUUUGGGACAACUGCAUUUGAAAGCAUCUCUUUGAAGUUGUUUGCCUUUGAAUGGGAGCACCCAGGAGUGGUUUGUUGACUAAAGACUUGGCCUGGGAGAAAACGAAAGCAGCUUGAUACAGGAGAUUGGGGGAUGAUACCAUUUUAUCCUUCGAAGGCAAGAUACAAGCUGAGUCUUCCUGCUUUCUCCUACCUGCUGACUUAAAUUUUCAAGGCCUGGAAGACAGGAGUCUUGCUGAGAUCCCAAAGCCAGAAGCUGUCACUCCAAAAGAGCAGGCCCGACUGCGUUGGACUAUGAGUAAUGCUCAUCGUUAGUCAUCGUCCACUGAACAACACAACCUCCGGGACCAAGCACUACAGAAGGUACUAAGAGCAAGUCAAAACCUAUCAAGUACUUCUGUGCUUUCCUUUUGCUGGAGACUUCACGGAUCAUAAUGACGUGCUUCUUCAGAAAGCAGAAUACAAUUUGGGUGUGCAUGCCACCAAUAAUUGUGCUUGUCAAAAGAAACAGAUCAUGUUAUAAUUUAAUCACAGCAAAUACGAUAAUUCAUAAGGGAAAUCAUGUUGUACAAUUUCUUUCAUUUCAUGGAAUUUAGCGUAGAUCAGGGAGAAAAAAAUAUGCUCUUCAGGCAAAGCAUACAGAAUAGUACAGAAUGGCAGUCACUUGCAGAGUUUUUACAAUGCCUUGGUGAUUCCUGAUGAUUAAAAUACUUGAGAUUUCAACAAUAAAAACGCUGUAUGACAUGUUGAAAUAAAGAAUGAUUAUAAUUAAUUAUUGCAUAACAUACCUAAUUUUAUUCAAUUAAGAACUGUUUUAUCUUUUUCUGUAAAGAUAUGUGCUGCUGGGAGCACAUAUAAAGUAGCAUUUCAGCUGUGGAGAUUGAGACUCUGUUCUGUCUUUAGUAUGACUCUGGACUAAUCCAUUAAAUCAUAUUUGUUGCAUGCUGAUGACUGCAAGUGAAGUCUGGAUCUGGGCCAGAUUACACAUACUAAAAUGUACCGCAAUUUCUAAUUUUGAUUUACAAUAAUGACAUUCAAAUUACUUUUUAAACAGCUAAUCAUCAGUCCGUUGCUCUCAAAGUAAAGUAAAUAAGUGAUCCCAAACACAACAAGAACAGUUAACUUACAAUAAAUGAAAAGGAAACAACAGUUUAUCAAGGAACGAGUUAUGAAAAUAAGGUUUUUUUUCAUUUUCAUAUUCUUAGCUGACAUUUUUGUAGUAACGCAAGUAUGUUCUUAAGGAGUUGUUUGAAGAAAUGGAUUAAUUAUGUGAAGCUUGUUCUUCAUAGCCUGACUGCAGAUGUGUGAGCCAGCCUGGAGGUGGGUGCACAACUCCCAGGCUCACUGAGGGUAUGGGGAGCCCGGGUUGGCACAGUGGCAACUCCAAGCCCCAGCUUGUGUGCUGCUUUUGCCUGUGAGCAUCCUGGUGAGCCCUUCUCCUUUGCUGGUAUCCUCGUACCUAGUGGCACUCUGGGUGCUGGACGCAUCUUGCUAACGAUGCUGAGUGGCUCAUUUAAAGCAUGUAUAAAAACUACCUGUAGCACUGACUUAAAGCAUGGAAGAAGAGCCAGUACUUUGUUUAUCAUGGUGCUCCUCUUGCAGAUACAAAGAAAAUCAAUAUGUUGUUAUGUCCUGGAAUGAUCUCCUUGAAUUCAGUCACUGCAUAACAUGGUUAUUAUCUGAGACUUAGGAUAGAGAAGACAGUCCCAAUUUUGCUUUAUGUUUACUGAUUUCAGGAUUUUGCCCUGCAAAAGGGAAAACUAAGAAUCCAGCAUCCUCCUGAGGUCUUUAUAGGUAGCAGUACCUGUCUGGAAAUAGAGAGCUGUAGGGUAGACGGGCAGGCUCUACAGAAGAGAAAAGGGAAGCUCAAAGCAGAGGAAAUGGCCAGCAGCAGGAGACUUUACAGUGAAAGGCUGUAGCAGCAAUGCUAAGUCACAGCCUGAAACAGUGAUUGAGCACCUGGUGGGAAGGCAGGGCCAACCCAGGACAGCUCACAUACAUGCUGUGCAGCUGAGUGACUGGAAGGUUGGAGCCAGGAUCCAGCCCUUCCCAGACCUCAUUUAAGGGCUGGUAGUGGAGGUGAAGGUAUCCCACAGCUGUAGCCUAGGGCUUUGCUACCCUGUUAUUGUUGCUGUGCUUCCCAACAUGUUAUAGUGUUACACAGGCCAAGGCAAUGACAACUGCAAUGUUGAAAAUGAAGAUGUUAAUAACCACAAUUCAGAAUAAUGACCAAGUGCUUUUCAUCGAGCUUGAUAGAGAUGACUUUGCUCAGCAAAGAACCUUAUCAGCAGUGCUGUGUAACAGUCAUGACAGGAGGUUGUUUGAACUCAAGACCCUGUGAUACAUAAAGUGAGAAAGCAUUCUGUGGAUUAUCUUGCCAGAUUCUGGUUUUGUUCAACACUGUCAAACGCAGAAGAUGCAGAGCGGGAUCUUUUUUCUAGUUUGAUUUUUCAUUGUUAGAUAUAAAAUAUAAGCAUGCAUAUGUGAAACUGUUCUGUUGACUGGUGUAUAUAAAUGCUAAUGUGAUCAAAAUAACCCACUGUGUUUAAUAUUUCAAGGGCAUUGUACAAAGUGUCCUCUUCAGAAACAAACCCUCCAGCAGUAUACAAUGACUUAAAGCUGUUAUGAUAAUAUAAGCCUAAGGAAUCCAGCAAAUCAUGUUGAAGAAACCAGCUCUUUAUACUGAAAUUUCCUGCAUCUAGCAGUCAUCUAACAGUUGAGAGCUCUGUAAGUACUAAUUAUAAGAAGAGUUUGACAGCUCUGUAAUUUUUGUUCUUUGUAGGUCUCUACAGUGUAUUAGUAAGGUGAUUCAUAAAACAAGUCAGCUAUAGAUCUGGAGUUUGUAAUAUCUGGACUAAGAGAAAAUAUUU